GGCUGUAACUUGCCUGCCAGACCUGUAAAACAGCUCCGAUUUGACCUGUCCUGAGAGAGAGCCGAGCUGGCACACGUGCUGCUGGUGUAUCAACAGCGUGGAAUUUGCUUGAGCUGGGCUGCUGAUAGAGAAAACAGAUUCUGACAUCUGAAGAGAGUGAUUUUUCCACUCUCACAGAUGUACUUACCUCGGAGUAGCACCCGGGAGCGCAACUGCAUGGAAAAGCAGCACGUCAGAGCACAAAUUAUGUCAUGCAGCCCAAUGACUGCAGAAGAUCCCGGCUCGGAGCUCGCCUGGGGCUAUAAAGCUGGCUGAAGGACAAAAGUAGCGGCGAGCUGAGCGGGAGAGAAGCACAUUGCGGGAGGCAGGAGCAUCUCCCCGCUCCUGCUGCUCGUGUGCGGUGUUUGCAGCCCCCGAGCGCGCCGGGGCUGAGCGGGGCGAGAGCGGCUCUCCCGGCACACGGAGCGAGUCCUGCUCUCGCCAAUGAGCUCUUCCAGAACCGGAGGAGCGGAGCAGCGUUCCAGAGAUGUUAUCCUGUUUUGUCUGGCUCACCCUCCCCGACUUGGUUAACGCCUUUGUGACCCCAGGAAAGUUGUCCCUCAAUGGGAGCCUGGAAAAGACUUUUGUAGUCCCGAACGUGUCGGGUUUCUUUUCCUGGGAUAAUGACAGCCUGGCCGACUGGCAGAGCUUUGUGGACAGGAGCCGCUACGGAGCGGAGUCGCAGAGCACCACGGUGAAAGCCCUGCUCAUCGCCGCCUACUCCUUCAUCAUCGUCUUCGCCCUCUUCGGCAAUGUCCUGGUCUGUCACGUUGUCAUCAAGACGAAGCGCGUGCACUCUGCCACCAGCUUGUUCAUUGUGAACCUGGCUGUCGCCGAUAUCAUGAUCACGCUGCUCAACACACCUUUCACGCUGGCUCGUUUUGUGAACAGUACCUGGAUCUUUGGGAAGGGGAUGUGCCAUGUCAGUAGGUUUGCACAGUACUGCUCCCUCCACGUCUCUGCCUUGACCCUUACAGCCAUUGCUGUGGACAGGCACCAGGUUAUAAUGCACCCCCUGAAACCUCGCAUAUCUACUGGAAAAGGUGUUAUGUACAUCUCUGUAAUCUGGAUCAUGGCAACUUGUUUUUCCCUACCACAUGCUAUCUACCAAAAGCUCUUUACCUUUGAAUACAGUGAGGAUGUUACCCGGUGCCUGUGUCUGCCGGAUUUCCCUGAGCCCGCUGACCUCUUUUGGAAGUACCUUGAUUUAACAACCUUCAUUUUGCUCUAUGUCCUGCCCCUUCUGAUCAUCUCUGCUGCCUACGUGACAGUGGCAAAGAAGCUCUGGCUGCGCAAUGUCAUCGGGGACGUCACCGUUGAGCAGUACUUCGUCCUGCGCAGAAAGAACAAGAAGACCAUCAAGAUGCUGAUGCUCGUUGUCGUCCUCUUUGCAGUCUGCUGGUUCCCCUUGAAUUGCUACGUCGUCCUCCUCUCCAGCCAGACCAUCCACACCAACAACGCCCUGUACUUUGCCUUCCACUGGUUUGCAAUGAGCAGCACCUGCUACAACCCCUUCAUCUACUGCUGGCUCAAUGACAGCUUCCGAUCGGAACUAAAGGCUUUGCUCAACAUGUGCAGAAAACCCGCCAGGCCCACGGAACAGAGGCUUCCCUCCACAGUCCCAUCCUACCGACUGGCUUGGCCAGAAAACGGCAACUUCAAGAGGUUGCAGGCCUCCCAUGUCCUUCCACCAUCCUCCACCAUGCAGUCAGGAAAGACAGACAUCUCUGCAGUUGAGCCAGUAGUAGCUGUGAGCUAAACGGUGGCCUUGGACUGCACAUAGAUUUGGCAAGAGCUAAAAUGGUGGGAAGAUGUGGAGCCCUGGCCACACAACAGGUGAUAAAACCAAGAAGGAGGUUCUGCAGGAGGUGGUAUGAAAGAGCUACAUGUUUGGUGCAGGCUGGUGACAAUGGUGUGGAGACCCUAGAGGGGAGAAAGUAAACUCUUCCCAGGAAGGAACUUUCGUCUUUGUCAACGUGACUAUGGUCUGGCUCGCUGGAUGGGGUUCUCUGCAUGUUGCUGUUACCUGCAUGACUAAGCCUUUUUAGAACUAGGACUCUGCGUUUUGCUGGUACUUAAACAACAGUCUCACCACAUCAGAUCUCCCUUCCCCUUUCCCGAGUCUCCUUGUAGCAACAUGGAAAUGGGUCAGGUGUAGACCUUUAGGUUACUAUCUGAGAGCCAGUGCAACUGGGUAGGAAAGCAUUCUUUCUGAACUGGGGUUUGAAAAGUCAAGACCUGUUCAGAAUGAAUGAACAGAUCUAUUUUUUUUUUUUUUGUGUGUGUGUGGGUGUUUAAAUACACUUACAGAAGUGGAGGAUAUGAUAGACAUUGAUAAAUAGGAACCUCUUACAUAACAGGCACUUUUUCUAAGAUAGAUUUGAAGAAAAGUGGAUGUCUAUUCUUCAAGUAAGUAGAUGGUUUUUCUGCAAAUAGAUAACUAAACCCAAAAACAUAGAAAAGGUUGGGCAAAACAUCCACAGUUGGAGAAUGGAUAAUUAAGUGCUUCUGUGGGUUUGGACUAGUACCUUUUAUCAAAACAUCUUUUCAUCAUUGUCAAAUUGCAGCUAGAGGAUCACACAAUUUGAAUUUUUAACUUGCCUUUGAAUGUUGUUCUCUUACCCUGUAAAGUACCUGUGUACUUGUCACUUCAGACAUUUUGGGACAUUUCAUUCCAACUAAGAAGCUAGCUCUCUGGAAUCAAUUCAUAAAUUAACUGCUUUGAGAGAAGAGAUGGUAUCUCUGAUAGCAAGUAAUAAAAAUGGAACAUUUGUCUGCAACUUAUCCUCUGGUGAUUGUACAAUUUUGGUGCAUUUAAGGAUAGCUGAGAUGUGUCCUAUUUGGAAUGGCAAAGAAAAUUCAUGACUGCAAGUGUCUGAAGCAGAUUUCAGAACUUAAUGUUUUUAGCAGAAGAAAAUACAGGUUUGAAUAAGAAAAAAAAUGGUGUUCCAAAACCUGUACCUUAUAUUGCACAGAAAAACAAUACUUCCUUGUGCUGUGGAAAUUAGCUUGAACAUCACACUAGGGUGACCCAUUCCACAUUUAACUUGCAGCAUUCAGCAGUGAAGUGAGAAAAAUCUUAUUAUAAAUGGAAAAAAA